AUGGUGGCAGCCUUGGGGUGCUGCUGUGUGCAUUUUCCUCUGGGUGCAAUGGGCCUGGUGUUGUGGAGGACUUUAACCGUGUGGAGCGCUGCAAGGAGUCUCUACAUGGUCAGCCCACCACAGGGCUACCUGGGGGGCAGCAACCUGAAGAGGAUCUGCCAGGCCCUCUGUGACCCCCGCAGACACAUGCCCCUCUACUCUUCCUACACCUUCUAA